AUGCCAUUCAACGUCUAUAAGAUCCAAGAUUGGUACCAGAACUAUGUAUUUUACAUUGAGUUCAACACAAUCACCAAGGGAGGGGAGGUAGAGAGUACCGGGUGGACACACUCCUUCGAGAGCGACCAAAAAGACGGCAAUCAGUACACAGCUCGACUCCACAGCACUCUCAGGUCCUUCCCCAUUGGACGCGCGAUCGCGACUAUCGAGGAAGCAGAUUUGCCAAAGUUCCAUAAACUAUGCUUUGCAGCAAUUGGCCCAGUGCCGCACAAAAAGUGUCCAAGCCGCUCGGGCGUUCAUACCAUGAUGCCUUCGCCAUGGAAGCAAGACCCAUGGGAGUGGUGGCGAUCGGUUCACGACAGAUCCUUUGAAAAGGGGAUAUUCAAGCCCCAUCCCGAUACCUAG